CGCGCGUGGAGGCGGUGCGGGGCUGCCUCGGUUUUUUUUUUUCUUCUUCUUCUUCUUCUUCUUCUUCUUCUUCUGUAAUCGCUUUCCUGCCGCUGCUACCUCCAGUUAAAAUAGCUGGGACACGGGAGCGAGCAGACGGCCGUGUGAGGGAUAUACUUUUUUUUCCGGUUACCGUGGGAUUACGACGCGGAAUUGCAGCAUCGACGGCCAGCCGCCAGGGCCCACGAUGUCCAGCGAAGUGCAGAGACCGGACGACAGCCCCAGCACCAGCGGGGGGAGCUCGGACAUUGAACAAAGGGAAUCGGUACCGCCGGAACAUGAGCGCGAGCAAGCGCAGCCCAAAAAGAAGGAGACCAAGAUCUCCAGCAAAACCGCCGCCAAACUUUCAACUAGUGCCAAGAGGAUUCAGAAGGAGCUGGCAGAAAUAACACUAGACCCGCCUCCAAACUGCAGCGCCGGCCCCAAAGGAGACAACAUCUACGAGUGGAGGUCGACCAUCCUGGGCCCCCCGGGCUCCGUGUACGAGGGAGGCGUCUUCUUCCUGGACAUCGCCUUCACGCCCGACUACCCCUUCAAACCCCCCAAGGUGACCUUUCGCACAAGGAUCUACCACUGCAACAUCAACAGCCAGGGGGUGAUCUGCCUGGACAUCCUGAAGGACAACUGGAGCCCCGCCCUCACCAUCUCCAAGGUGCUGCUGUCCAUCUGCUCCCUGCUCACAGACUGUAACCCAGCCGACCCUCUGGUGGGAAGCAUCGCCACACAGUACCUGACCAACAGAACAGAGCAUGACCGAAUAGCCAAGCAAUGGACGAAGAGAUACGCCACAUAGACCACCAACACCCUCCCCCCCCCCCCCCCCCCUUCUUUACCUCCCUCGCCCGCCACUGUACCUCUCUCUACCUCUCUCUCUCUCUCUCUCUCUCUCUCUGUCUCUCACCCGUAAGGCCUUCACACAACGGGGGCGUGACAAAUCAAACGACACAGUAAUACAAAUAUUUUGCCAGCUAUCCGGAUCUCCUUGAUCAUCGAUCCCGUUGUCUUUCUGUUGCGUCGCCUACACCACUGUAAGCCGUCCUCGAGUCUCUCUUUUUAAGCGUCAUUCUUUGAGUGAGUUUUUCGUUCCCUCUGCUGAACAAUUGCGGUGUACAUACUGAGGGCUUUUAUUGUGGAAGGUGAGAGCAGAAGGAGGGGAUGUGGUCGGCCUUUGUCGAAGGUCGAAAGGUGCAAUGACGUUUGCUGUCGGGGGAGGGGGGUGGGGGGGGGGGGGGGGCUCUGACUAUGGAGCCUCUGUGUUGUAGUUUCACAACCCGUUCCAGGAAAAGAAAAUUUGCGACGAGUCUUUUCGCCGCGUGAUAUUCGUGUUCUGUACUCGCCAACGUUUCUACGUGCAAAUGAAUCGCACAAAUGCCCCCAGUGUGUUAAGGCCUUCAGUCUGUCAAAGCACACUCACUAAGUGCAACAGAAAACCUGCCUUCAUCACCUUCCUCCUCCUCCUCCUCCUGCUUAAUAUUUUAUCUUCCUUUUCUGUGUAAAAAAAAAAAAAAAAAAAACGUCUUUUGUUCCCUGUUGACUUGAAAGCUUCUUUUUUUUUUUAUACAGAGUAGAUUGGGAUUUUUAUUUUCCAAUGUUGGAAGUAUUGUAUUGGAGAAAAGAAAGAAGAAAAAAAAAUCACAGAAUAUUAUAAAUACCAUACGCAUUGUCCUCCUGCUAUACAGUAUGUAUUCUCAUUUUUCUUAGCGGCACCUGGAACAAACAUGCAGAAUAUUAUGCUUUUACUUGUUUUUUUGUUUUUUUUUGUAUUUUGUCAUCAGUAUGUUACCUGCAUGGAACAGGAAGCUUCGCGUCAAUGGAUCCUUCAUGCUUUUUAAAACUUCCUCUGAUU